AUGGCGGCGCCUGAGGAGGCCCGCGUGGCCCCCACCGAACCGCUGGACGUCGCGCGAGGCCUGGAGAACUUGCCCGUGAGCGCGUGGCCCCCGGGGGCGGAGCCACCGCCCUUCCAGUACUCGCCGGACCACGUGGCGGGACCCGGAGCCGACGCCGACCCCGCGCAGGUCACCUUCCCGGGGUGCGGCUGCCGCGCGGCCCCCUGCGCCCCGGGCUCCUGCUGCUGCCUGCGCGGGCGGCGCAACUACGACGAGGCCCUCGGGCUGCGGGCGGGCGCGCGGGCCCGGCCGGUGUUCGAGUGCAACGCCCUGUGCGCGUGCGGCGAGGCCUGCGGGAACCGCGUGGUGCAGCGCGGCCUGCGCUGGCGCCUGCAGGUGUUCCCGGCGGGCGCCAAGGGCUGGGGGCUGCGCGCCCUGGACGCCAUCCCCGAGGGCCAGUUCGUCUGCGAGUACGCGGGCGAGGUGCUGGGGCCGGCUGAGGCCCGGCGGCGGGUGGGGGCGCAGGCCCCGGGCGAGGCCAACUAUGUCCUCGCGCUCCGGGAGCACGUGUGCGGCGGGCAGGUCCUGGAGACCUUCGUGGACCCCGCGCGCGUCGGCAACGUCGGCCGGUUCCUGAACCAUUCUUGUGAGCCCAACCUGCUGAUGGUUCCUGUCCGCGUGGACUCCAUGGUCCCCAAGUUGGCGCUUUUUGCAGCCAGAAACAUUUUGCCGCAGGAGGAACUGUCUUACGACUACUCAGGAAGAUUUCUUAAUCCCAUGGACAGUGAAGCCCCCGCGAGGCCAGAGCCGGGGAAAGCAAGAAAGCCCUGUCACUGCGGGGCCAGGUCCUGCGCGGCCCUCCUGCCCUACGACAGCUCGCUGUUCCCCCCCAGAGAGACACCCGCCUGCAGCCAGGAAGGGGCCGCCCCGGCCUUGCAGUGGGAGAAGGAGCAGCAGCCCAGCAGUUGACUCGGCCCUGCCGGGUGGGCCCUGCCGGCUGCCUGGGCUCAGCUCGGGGCAGGGCAAGGACCACAGCCGGCAGAUACCCAUUUCUAUCAGGUACAGGGCGGCCUGGAAGACUUGCUUUUCCUAGGAGGUGAGGCCACGGGACUGCACUGGGAUGUAAGCAGGAAUGGGGGCCUUCAGUGGGGACGGCCUUCCCUGGCCCCUCUUCCUGUCGGCUGCAUACACCAUGGCUGAAGCUGGGGCAGCCAUCCUGGGCCCAGGAUGGCCUCAGGAGAGGAAGACAUGUCGCAGAUGAACAAGACUGAGGGCAGGGUGGGUGCUGGGUGCGGAGGGGCCAUGUGCAGUCCCACCCUGGCAGCUCUGGCCUCGCAGCUGGGAAACUGCUGCUUCCUGCUCCGAACUGAAUCUCAGUGACCCCCGGAAACCGUGGGCCUGCUCCCCGGGUCUUACGUGUAUUUGUAAUAAAGUGAUACAGCUGAUCUCCUGACUUCUGUCUGUGGUUCCUACACCCACUUCUCAUUUGUUCUGAACAGUAACCCAGGGCGGGGGCACAACCGCUUGCGCCUGCUAGGACGUCAGCGCGCGCCGCCAGUAGUGGAGAGUACACCCCUGAGUCACAUCCCUGUUCUUAGGCACAGGCACAGGAGGAGACACAUCAUAAAAAUGUCACUGUGUACUCGGCUGUCCUCCAGAGUGAAGCUUCGAAAUCUCAGACGGCCUCCCUUCUUCACAUAUGCAUGACAUGGAAAUAGCCUGGCAAGCCCGCAGAGGAUGGGAGUUUUAGAGCUCCAUUCUGACUUCCGGGGAGGAGGCAAGCCUCCCUGCCUUCUUUCCUCAAAGCAAAGCUGUCGCAAAAACAAAGCUGUAAUGGGGCCGGUUGCUAUUUUGGGCCCUGGAGUGUCAUUUUACAAAGUACGUUAACUUCUCUCGCACAUUUAAACCCCCUGCACUGUAAGUUUCCCGGAGGACACCCUCCUGCCGUGGGGGGCCGUGAGCAGGAUGCUUGGGCACUUUAAAUCAGUGAGAUGUAGUGUGUGAAUUAUGCCUCAAACUGUUAAAAAUGUGCAUGUUAGGGUUUGCAUGUUCAUGUAACGUUAUCCAGAACAGUUCCGAGUGACCAGAUGUUCAUAAAGUGCCCCUACACAAAUGUGUAAUGUCUGCAGCACAACACAGUCUCCCUCCAAGCUAGUCCUGGCUCCCUGCAACCCCCCCACCUCCAGCACUGAUUUCGCGGGUAUUCCAGCUCUUACAAGGUGGCUGAUCUCCCUCUUUGCAGACUGGCCUUGUUCUCCUCUGCUAGUAACUGAGCUACUUCGGGAAUAAGAGGGAGAAACAAUGGGGCCACGGUCUGAUUCUGUGAUGCCCUGCCCUGCCUCGGUGGCCUGUCUCUGUCCACUGUCUCCUGGACCCAAGAUGCUCCCGAGGACAGGCUGCAGGGCAGACAGCAGCAUGAGCAGCCCAUGCGCGCAUCUGGGGGCUGCUCCCACGAACUGGACUCACAGGGUGUGGCCCCUGGGGAGCAUUUCUUUUUUUUUUUUUUAAAGAUUUAUUUAUGCAUACAAGAGCUGGGGUACAGGCCAGAGCUGCAGGGGGUGAGAGGACUCCCCAGAGACAGAGUAGGGAGCAGAACAGGUGGAUCUACUGAAACACACUGCUGAGGGGAGCAGCGGGGAGACAGGAGAGGUCUGCCGCACCCUGUGGGCUGCUCCCUGGCCGGCCAGGGAUCGAACUCGUGCUGCGGAUUGCUUCACAGGUUGUGUCUUAACCCCUUGCGCCACCAGGGAGGCCCCCCUGGGGAGCGUUUCAUAUUCACACACAGGUUUACUCAUCACAGCAUGCGGUCUUGGAACAGUUUCUGAAGUAAGACUGGACCCUCGGCCAGCCCGUCCAGGGUCUGGGCUCAGCCAUCUCAGGGCGCUCCGGGAAACACCAGGAUCCAAGCCUCAGCCCCUCGGGCCUGGGCCGCGCUUACUGAGCCUCUGUCCCAAGGUGCCUGUGUCCCCAACAACGGGCUCGCUACCCAAGCGCACAGGCCAGGUGACAACAUCAGGCUUUUAAGAAAUAAGCAUUUCGGCAAGUGGCGGGCAAGGAGAUGAGGUCAAAUCUGCCUCCAUGAUCAAGAAAGAGAAUGAGCGUCUGUGGGUCUUGGAGACCAGCAUGGAGAACAAAAGAGUCUCGUUUGCUCAGCUGGGAGGGGCAAAGAAACGUGACCUCCCCAGACACUGACCAAAUCAGUACCUUGACCCUGCACGUCUCCGCCCCCAGAAGUGGUGAAGUAACUGCGGUUGAGGCCACGGCCUGUGGUGUCUGAUCGCCAUGGCCCAAGCUGACUAGGCUAACGCUCCUCCCGAAAAGCAAUGGGACGCCAUCACGGGUGGAGCACAUGGGGGCUGUGGAUUCACGCGUCAGAGAGCCAGGACUGCUGUGUGAGCCGCGGGGGCCGGGGGUUUCUAUCAGAGAGUCCACAGCAGCGGCCAGCCCUGGCGACAGGCUGGACGUGGAGCCGAGAGGAGGGUGAGGCCGAGAGGACACGGAAGCUUCUGGCUCAGCUGCAGGCUGUAUUGGCAUCUUCCCCGAAGACUGCAAGGAAAACAGCUGUGGCCCAAUCUCAAAAAGGUAUGACUUAGCAGAUAAUUUCUCUCUUUGUUGCAUUCUCAAAUUUAAGAGAGAAAGAAACUUUCAGUCUUUUGUGCAGUAAGUCAGUGUAUGAAGUGCUCUGAAAAAGUCUGCAGGACUCAGGGCGCAGACACGGAGCUGCUGCGGAGGGGUGGGCGAGCGGGUUGGUUUAUUCCCCGAAGUAUCUAGU